CCGUUUAUCUUCUUUCCCUGGGCACACAGUAUCUUGAUGCCUUCUAGUAUCUAGAGGGUUUUCAGCGUUAGAAGCAGGCUCCGAACUCCGAAGGCCUCUCUCUCUCUCUCUCUCUGUCCGAUUUCCGGACCUCCGGUAUAGACUCGGCUCAGGUAAGAAUUAUCUACCCAAAAUGGGAAGCAAAGGCCGAAUACCACCUCCUCAUCUAAGGCGUCCUCUUCCAGGACCUGGAAUAGUGCAUCCAGAGUCAUAUGGUCCAGGAAUACACCCUCCCCCACGCGCCUUUCCCCAUUUUGAUAUGUUACCUCACCCCGAAGUUAUGGAACAGAAGUUUGCUGCACAACAUGUGGAGAUGCAGAGACUUGUGACGGAGAACCAAAGGCUUGCUGCUACCCACGGGACCUUGAGACAAGAACUUGCUGCUGCACAGCAUGAACUGCAGAUAUUGCAUGCUCAAAUAGGAGCUGUAAAGUCUGAGAGAGAACAACAGAUGAGGAGCCUUAUGGACAAGAUUGGCAAGAUGGAAGCUGAACUGCAAGCAGCAGAGCCUGUUAAGUUAGAGUUGCAGCAGGCACGAGCAGAUGCCCAGAGCUUGGUUGUAGCAAGGCAGGAACUAAUUUCUAAACAUCAACAAUUGUCUCAGGAUCUUCAAAGGGCCCACUCAGAUGUUCAGCAGAUUCCUCCUCUCAUUUCGGAACUUGAGAGUCUCAGACAAGAAUAUCAACACUGCAGGGCAACUUAUGACUACGAAAAAAAAUUGUACAAUGACCACCUUGAGUCGCUUCAGGUGAUGGAGAAGAACUAUAUUACCAUGGCCAGGGAACUCGAGAAGCUUCGAGCAGAGUUAUCGAAUAGUGCUAACGUUGAUAGAAGAACUGGGGGUCCUUAUGGUGGCACACCUGGAAAAAAUGAAAAUGAGGCUUCUGGGAAUCCUGUCGGUCAAAGUGCUUAUGAAGAUGGCUAUAGUAUUCCCCAGGGACGUGGCCCUCUCCCUGCUGCCAGUGGUGGCGGUGUUGCUGCUAGUGCUACAGCUGCUGCUGCUUCAGGCACUCCUGCUUAUGUUGGAGCUCAAUCUGGAUCUGCUCCUGCAAGGGCUGGUUAUGAUGCACCAAGAGUACCUGGUUAUGAUGCAUCUGGAGGGCCUGCUUAUGAUGCACAAAGGGGACCUAGUUACGAUGCACAGAGGGGACCUGGUUAUGAUAUGCAAAGAGGAUCCAAUUACGAUGCACAAAGAGGAGCCAACUAUGAUGCUCAGAGGGCAGCUAUUUAUGAUGCACAGAGAUCUGGUUAUGAUGCACAGAGAGGACCUGGUUAUGAUCCACAAUCCAGGAUUGCUAGUUAUGAUGCGCAAUCCAGAGGUGCUGCUGGGCCUCAUGGACAUGCGGCACCCGCCAACAAUGCGCCUUAUGGUUCUGCAACACCACCUUCCCGUGGUGCAACUGCGUACGAGGCACCAGCCCGCGGUGGAAACCCUGUUAGGAGAUGAGUGUGAGGCAUUGCCCAAAUGUUGAUGGCAUUAUUUUUGGUUGGUCAUUGUAUCUGAUUUUCAGUAUAUUCGAUACCUUACUGUUCUAUCAUUAAUCUUAGAAAUCUCUGCUUUUUUAUUUCCCCUA